AAUUUGAUCAACAUCUUCGUCUAUUUAAAACUUGGACUAAAAGACAGCAUCAGCAUCUGCUUCUUGGUGCUGUCGUGCACGGACCUGGUGUGUGUGUUACUGAGCUUAUUGGCCAACUACCGUUUGAACGUAUUAAAAUAUGUUGAAGAAACAUGGGAUAUUGAUUCUCAAAGCUUAAAUUUCGUCAUACGUGCUUACCACGGCCCCUUCUACGACAUCUCGCAAGGGAUCACGACAUUUAUCGCCGUCCAAAAAUGCUGGUGUGUAGCGCUGCCUUUUCGUUUUAAAAAGACGUUUACGAGGACGCGAACAGCCAUCAUCUUGUCAGGAAUUGCAUUAGCGCUGUUCUCCAUGCACAUGCCGAUUGUGACAACUCAAGGUUUAGCGGCAAUGUUCGACCCAAUCAGUAAUAGAACAAUACAACAAUUAUGGAUGCUAGAAGUUAGUGGAAAGUUGUACUCUGCUGUAAGCCUCAUCUCUUUGGUGUUUACAAACACAUGUCAGUUUACCGUCAUGUUCUGUUUGGUCGUUCUUUCUUCAAGAUUACGAGCGUCAUCAAAGUUCAGGAGGGCGACAAAAAUAGCCAGUACCGACCAAAUGUCUUCGGAGCUGAAAUCUCAGAAAAUUAAAUGUACAGCUCAGCAUUUGAAAACACAAUUAACGUCUGACAAUGAGAGCUCUAUUAAACAAUCGAAAGAUAUUCCUAGAAAAAACGCAGAAAGAGGACGGCCUUGGACGACUUCCCACGAAGAUUUCACUCCAGCUUCUCUCCACGUUAAGGCCAACUCUAGAAAAGAAUUGAUGGCCAUCAAGUCCACCACUUUUGUGUCCGUUCUGUUUGUUAUUUUCAACACUUUUAAACUAUUGAAUUACUACGCUCUAAUCUGCAUUUCUGAGUACAGUAUUUCCGGUCGUUAUCGCAACACGUAUUGGGUGACAAAUGCAUUGCGGUUUACGCUUGAAAUUCUACACUGUUCCUGCAACAUGUUCGUCUACCUGAAGUGCAACACACGCUACAGGUCAACGCUGUUGGCCUGCCGGAGCCACAGCUGUUGA